AUGUUACCGUUAGGUACGUUUGUAUUGGUAGUCAUUGCGACUAUCAUACUUCAUUGUAAUAGUGCUCCUACGAUCUACACCAUAACUAAGCAACAAUAUACAACGAUUCAAAUUGGAUGGACUCGUAAUCAAGUGACAAACUUAGUUGGUAGCUACGGAACUGUUAUAGUACAAACUAGUGCAAGCAGCGGGAAUGUUACUAUCGUUCAAUAUACAGGAACUGGAACAACUGCUGCUGUGGUUCUCUUUGGAUUUGUCGACGGACAGUUAAUAUCGAAAUCUGAAGCCAGUUUCGAUUCUCCAGUCAACAAUAAAAUCACUCUACAACAGUAUAAGACAAUACAAAUUGGAUGGACUCAACAGCAAGUCACACAGCUCCUUGGUGGUCCUGGCAAUAUUAUUUCACAAACGGGUACGCCAGGUUUACCGUACCAGGCUACUACAGUUCAGUAUUUCGGACUGCAGUCAUCUACGGUAAGCGUUGGUUUUAUUUUUCUCGAUGGAAUCCUUUCCAACAAAGGUCAAGUUGGACUAGAUACCGGAGUUUACACUAUUACUAAGCAACAAUAUACGGCGGUUCAAGUUGGAUGGACUCGUGACCAAGUGACAAACUUAGUUGGUAGUUCAGGAAACGCCGUGUCAGAAGCCGGCACGGCUAAUACGGUUGCUAUUAUCGUUCAGUAUACCGGACUUGGAACAACGUAUGGUCUUGUUGCCUUUGGAUUUGUUAGCGGAAAGGUCGUAUCCAAGUUUGAAGUCGGUCUUGAUCUACCACUUCUUGGUGGUCCUGGUACUAUUGUUUCGCAAGUAGGUACGCCCGGUACAUCAUCCCAGCUCACCACAGUUCAAUAUUCCGGAUUACAGCCAUCUACGGCGAUCGCUGAUUUUGUUUUUAUCGGUGGAUCCCUCUCUAGCAAAGCACAAAUUGGACUAGAUACUGGAGUUUACGCCAUCACGAAUGAGCAGUAUACAGCGAUUCAAGUUGGAUGGACCCGUGACCAAGUAACAAGCUUAGUUGGCAGUACAGGAAAUGCUAUGUCAGAAGGUGGUACCGGUAGUACAGCUGUUGUUCUCCUCCAAUAUACUGUGCCUCAAUCAGCCUAUGGUCAAGCUACUUUUAUAUUUAUCAGCGGAAAGCUUUCCAGCAAAUCCAAGUUUGGCUUCAAAUGA